UUGGCCGGGGCGAAUGCUCGCUGGGCUUGAUGUGACGCCAUGAUCCACCCAAACGACCCAAACGAAGCGAUGGCCGUCUCAGCCUAUUAUCCAUGGCUCCUGCAUCCAUCCUCGUCAUAAACCCCAAUUCUUCACAGUCGAUUACCGAUGGCCUGGCAGAGACCCUGGUGGCUCCCCCAGAGGCGAAACUGACGUUCUACACGGCCCCUAGCCAUGCGCCUCCAUCCAUCAAUGAUAUCGUAACUGCCAAUCUGACGGCGACAGCAUGUUUCCAGGAUAUCCUCGAGAAGUUGUUGUUGGAGGAGCACGAUGGGUUCUUGGUAUGCUGCUUUUCCGACCAUCCGCUAGCACACAUGCUACGCGAAGCGACGACGAAGCCUACGGUUGGAAUAUUUGAGGCGGCCAUUACGCAAGCCCUACUCGUCGGGAAGCGAUUUGGCGUCGUGACUACUGGAACGGGAUACAAGUUCAACCUGUAUAACGGUGUACGCGCAUUUAUGGGUGCCAACUCGGAAAGAUUUGCCGGUCUUGUCACGACGGGUCUCGGCGUUGUUGAGCUCAGAGAAGGGGACCGAAAGAAGAUUGAGAAGAAAAUGAAGGAGGCGAGCGGAAAGAUGGCAUCACAGGGUGCAGAUGUAAUUCUUCUAGGUUGUGCUGGAAUGGCUGGAAUGGAGCCCCUGGUCAGACAAGGUGCGACGGAAGCAAACCCAGGACUGCCGCCUGUCCGAGUACUAGACGGCGCAAAAGCUGGUGUAGAAAUGCUUGCCGCCUUGAUCAGAUUAUCUUCGCAGGUGGCCUAGCGGUCGCAGUGAAAGGAAACGGGAGUAGUACAGGAAUGUGACGAUGUGAUAAUGCGAUGCGCAGCACGUGCCGGUGACACUCGCGACAUAACGCGUCGGUGGCGGCACGCCACGGGAAAUUUCCAUACCCCAUGCAAAGUGCGUUCUUAGACACCCAAACUGUUGGGAUUUUGCUGGAAAGUUCUAGAAAGAGCAAUCCGGCAUCAUGCCGAGAGUUGAUGAGUAAGCUCGAGAGAAAGAGAAAGUUGUAGUAGAUUCUA